AUGGGGGCUCACCUCUUCUCUACCUUUGUGGACCUGACGGAAGCCUUCGAAACGGUGAAUCAUGAAGGACUGUGUAUGACCAUGCAAAAAUUCGGCUGUCCCGAGCGAUUCAUUCAGAUGGUGCGUCAGCUCCACGACGGCAUGUCGGCGUGAGUCACGGACAACGAAGCUGUCUCAGAGGCAUUCGCAGUGACCAACAGAGUGAAGCACGGCUGCGUCCUCUCGUCCACCCUCUUCAGUCUCAUGUUCUCUGUCAUGCUAAUGGACGCAUAUCAUGAUGAGCACCCCGGGAUCCGCGUCGUCUACAGGAUGGACGGCCAACUCCUCAAUCGUCGGCAGAUGCACUUACAGUCGCAUGUAUCCACAAACUCCGUCCAUGAACUUGUCCUCGCCAACGACUGCGCCCGCAACACCAACUCCGAAAGAGACAUGCAGAGCAUUAACCUUUGA